CAAUUGAGGUUUUGAAACCGCCAGAAAGCAAGUCUGAAACUUGACAACAACAUUACCACCUGUUCUGUGAUCUUGACUUUUGUUUCGCGGCAAAUGUCUUACUCAGCUGUCAUUGGCGGAGAGCUGUCCAAUCACAGCUCAGCAAACAUUGAUGCUUGUUUCAGCGCCGCGCUGAGCGACCCUCGCAGUAGAGCAGACAUUUUGUUUUGUCCUUCGCAAAUGAGGGAAUCAAGCUUAUACCAUAAACAAAUGGAUGUACGUUGGAUGUUAUGAGGCAUGUUAUUUAAGGAGUGAAGACCUUGGACAGCGUCCAGUUUAACCAGAAGCGGCUCAACCAAGUCUUCGCACAGCUUCCCGCUGGACAUCAAACACUCAAACAGACGCUCGAACUUCUGAUCGAAGCUUCGAGGAAGCUUCGAACGCUUCGAAAACGGCCGAUUCUUGGAACUGGAGGAUGCCCAGUGUCCCGCUUCCAAGCCCAAGCUAUUCAACGGGGCGUCAUACUCCGUAUUACACCCAUCCAGAUGUGAGAAUCUAUGAGCUCAAUCGUCGCUUACAGCACCGGAUAGAGGAUGCUGAUAAUGUUUGGUGGGACGCAUUUGCAACAGAAUUUUUUGAUGAUGACGCUACCAUGACAUUGAGCUUUUGCUUGGAAGAUGGGCCCAAAAGAUAUUCUAUAGGACGGAACUUGAUUCCAAGGUACUUUCGAAGUAUAUUUGAAGGUGGAGUUAAAGAACUGUAUUAUCACAUUGUGCAGCCAAAAGAGUCCUUUCACAGCAACACAAGUACCAUCACAUUAGACUGUGAAAACACAACCAUGAUCACAUAUCACAAAAUGCCAGUCUUCACAAAGGUCUGUACAGAAGGCCGUUUGUUACUGGAGUUCACAAUGGAUGACAUGAUGAGAAUAAGAAACUGGCACUUUGCCAUUCGGCAUUACACUGAAAUGAUUCCACGAAAUGUGAUCGUUGGGGCUCAAGACCCAAACUUUUUGGAUCAGUUGUCCAAGAAUGUUACAAGACAAGGAAUGACCAAUGUCACACUGAACUAUCUAAGGCUAUGCGUCAUUCUGGAGCCAAUGCAAGAGCUUAUGUCUCGUCACAAGACCUACAAUAUGAACCCUAGAGAUUGUUUGAAGUCAACACUUUUCCAGAGGUGGCAAAGAAUGUGUGCCCCUCCAGAUUAUAAUCAAGGCGGUGAAAUGAUGUGGCAACCUAACACUCCAACCACUCCUGGAUCCCCUUUUCCUAAACUUCUCGAGAGAACCUUGACUGGGCAGCCUGCUUCCAAAAAAGCAGAAACGCCCCGUGCUCCAAGGACAAGGCGGAAACGGAAGUCUACAACCGCAAACUCAUCGACCCCUAAUACUGGGAUGAACAACACUUCCAGCAAAAAGAAGUCGCCAAGUGCGUCCGGGUUUACACUGGCGACCCAAGAUGUGAUGGUUGUCGGCGAGCCUUCUCUGAUGGGCGGCGAAUUCGGAGACGAAGACGAGCGGCUUAUUACAAGACUGGAGAACACUCAGUAUGAUGCCAGCAACGGCGUCGGCGACGAUGGAGACUUUGGUAACAGCCCUAUGAGUGGAAGCCCGCACCUUUGGAGUGCGGACAGAAAACCGACUCAAGAAGACGGUGGUGGAGACUGACCGAGUAGCCCUGGCUACUGCUAUAUAUCCCCUACCCGACCCCCAUUGAGAAGGGACAUUUCUAUUUAACCCCCAGAUGCCCGUGUUAAUAUUGCGCUUUGUUGACCCUACUCGGCCUAAGGACAUUACAGGACAGUUUUACUCGAAGACCACGUCGAACCUCUGGUCAAAAGUUUGUAAACAUACACUCUGUAAAAAGAGGUUAAAUGUAGAGAUUUUAUGAGGGACGUUUAAAGUUAUUUAUGCCCUUUCUGAUGAAGUUCUCGCUGCAGAAUGAUAUAAUUAUGAUUAGCCGUUACCCUCAUGUAUUCACUGUUUUAUUAGUCAAGUCUAUUGACAUAAAGUAUUUUGCAUCUUUUUCUUUUCAUGAAAAUAAAAAAAGGUCUUUGUUCUCAUGGUAUUAAAAGUGAGGAUGUUCAUGAAGCAAGCUAUCUCUCAAAAUAUGACUUCUUGGAGCGGGGUGUUGUUUCUGACUUAGGCACGCUGGUCAAACUACUUUGGGCAUUGUACUUUCUUAAAUGUCGUACCUCAAAAAACCAGUGAGGUAAUGAAGAGGGCUAGUCAAAUCAAAGGGGGCACCAGGAUGAGCCCAGGCGCGGGAAAACGCCAUUGGUCACCCGCGAUUGGUUUAAACUUGGCAUCUGAUUGGUUGAGAGGGUGUCUCGAGAUUUCUGACCAAAUAAAGAACGUAGUAUAGUAAGAAAAAAAAAAAAAGAAUUGUUAGCCUUUAACACGACUUUAUCUUGGCUCGUAAGGUAGCAACAAGUCAGAUUGAUAAAAAAGGGCGAAGUACAGCAGGAAUGCAGUCCAAAUUUACCUUUAAGCAGGUGUUCCUUCACGUGGAAACUGUUGUAUCAGUAUGGGCAACUAACAGUGUCUGCAGCUGUAGCAAAAUUUUGGACAAGAACUUGAAUUUGGCGAUAAAAAGAUCUUAGCUAGACAUUGCGUAAAAGAAGCCAGUAUUUGAGCGUGUGACCUUGCGAAACCUUGUGUGAUGCUUGGCAAAUAUUUUCACAGAAUAAAUACCUUUUCCAUAACAAUUGAAUUAUAGCAAAGGAAAAGGUUUCUUGUCGUAAAUUAUGAAAUUUAAAAUAAGGUUCAGGAAAAGAGUUUACCAAAUGAGCAGGUUGAGUUUUCUCCGUACCACUUAAAAUAACUAAAUAGUUAAAUAGCUCGCUAAUGUCAGCAAAACAACAACAACAACAACAAAAAAA